UUCUGAAAAACUUUCGCGCCAAGAAAGUAGUUAAAAAGCUCUGUCUCUUCACUCAAUUUCCUGAAAUUUCAAGCCAUUCCUCAACCGUCUGAGCUCUGUUACUUUCUUCAAGAAACACAAUCUCUCUCUCUCUCUCUCUCUCUCUCUCUUUGUUGACUACCAUGCUGCUUGAACUUAGCCUAAACGAAGGUACUGUUCUUCUAAGGCAGGCAGUGAAACCCUUCACUCAGAUGGGCUUCGACUGGGGCGAGAUCUACGUCACACCAGACGAAGUCACAUUGACACCCUUCGAUCCCACGUCCUUAACCCCAACCGUUACUUUGGCCCUGUGGAUGAAAUCUUCGAUGUUCGAAACCUGUAUCAACCAUCAGAAUGUCUGGCUUGCCUUCGACGUCCAUAGCUUGUACCACAACAAUCUCUGUCAAGUCAGGGAUGAUGAUGAUUUUGUCGGUCUCUAUGUGGAUGAUGAAAAUGAUGAUUUUGGUGGAUUUGAGCUCAGCAAUUGCAGAACUCGGCGAUUCAUUGAAGGUGAAAUCCCAUUGAUUUCUGUGCACCUUCGUGAGCUGGCUGCCCCUACACCUCAGUUCCAACAUGAAUAUCAUGUGAUCGUCGGGAUACAUUCGAACGAGUUUAGGCGUCUUAUCACUUAUCUGGGCCAUAUCGGAGUGUUAGUUGCUGCACGUGUAACAGAUACUGAAGUUAAGUUCUCUGUAGGAGAUAUAGAAGUUGUUUACAGUCAAGAGCUGAGGCAGUGUAUUAUCGGGGGUGAUGUGGGGGAGGAAGAUCCAGUUUUCUUGUUGUUCAAUCUCGAACACGCUCGCGCAAUCGAGACUGCUGCAGAGCUGUCCCAGAUGGUGUGGUUGCUGGGCCAGUCCAAUGGUUUAUAUGUCGUGCUGCUUUGCCCUGUUACUCGACUUGUUAACCUCAUGUUUUGCUUUGGUCCUCCUCAAGCCUGAAGCCUGAAGCCUGAAGGUGAUGUGAUGAGAGAAAGUGUUUCUGAGUUGUUAACUCAAAUCAGAUGUUAAUGCAUUGUCAGGAAAAUGUCCAAAAACAAAAGAUGAUGUGAGUGUGUGAGAUUUUGUCAAGAAUAUUGAUCCUGUUCAUCAUAACUCUUUCUUUGUAAACAAUUAAUACAGCUUUACAUA